UAAAAAUAGAGGAUACUUGCGAAAUAUAGAGAAGAUGUAAUUAGUGGUAAACAGAAAUUAUAUAUACCUGCCAGUAGUAACUAACUGAAAAAAAUAAACUCCAUUAACAUCAGUCGCACUUCUUCUUCUUCCUUUUCUUUGCUUCAUCCCCAAGAGACAACCACUUCUUCUUCCUUCCUUCGAUUAAGUUUCACAAUGGCUGCUGAUGAUUAUUUACAGAUCAGAGAAGAACUGAUGGGAGCAGGAGACGAGCUGAUACUCUUGCGUUAUCUGAAGCCGAUGAUCGAAAACGGAGCAUCCUGGCCACAACACUUCUCCGAAGACGCAGACGUGUUCAACAAGAAUCCAAGCAACACAUUCAAUCCUGAGGACACAGUCUUCGUGAUCGUCAACCCCCGAACAGAGGCGUGUGGUAAAACCGAUGGAUGUGACUAUGGUAGCUGGAGGAUCAUGGCACGUGAUAAACUGAUCAAGAACGAGGAGACAGGGGAGCUUCUAGGGUUCAAGAAGAUUCUCAAGUUCUGCGUAAAGAAGACGACGAGAGCCAGAGAGUACAAGAGAAGCUGGGUCAUGGAAGAGUACAGGCUUCCGAGUAAAUGGAACCCUAACCAAGAUCACGUGAUCUGCAAGAUUCGGCUUUUGUUCCAAACCGAAAUAGGUUUCUUGCUGUCCAAGCAUUUCUCGUAUUCGUCUGGUCCGCUUCCUGCAACACAGUCGUUGCCAGCUUAUGGAUACGGUUUACCUCAAGAAGAGGAGGGUAGAUAUUAUCUGCAGAACUUGAUCGGUCAUGAAAACGAAUGGCCUAGCUACGUUACCAACGACGUGUACCGCAUGCAUCCAUCGGCGCUUGUGGAUCCUCGUCGAGAUCAGAUGUUUGCAGAAUCCGGUCUCUGCAUCUUCGCUAACCGGACAGAGGCUUCUGGUUAUACCGAUGGAGGAUGUGAUAGAGGUUGCUGGAGGAUCGUGGUGGGUGAUAAACCCAUCUCUUCGAUCACGGUCAUGGAUGAGACUUUCGGUUACAGGAGGGUUUUCAAGUUCUGCGAAGAGGAUGAUAAAGACAAACACUUCUACACUGAUCCCAACGGAGGAGUUGUGUUGCUGAAUUGGAUUAUGGAAGAGUAUAGGCUUGCCGAAGAGGACAUGAAGAAUAAAGUGUUGUGCGUUAUCAAGCUUCGGAGGUAAAUAGUGUCACUGAUCAUGUGGUUCAGGAGUCUCUGUGUUCUAACUAGGAUAUAGUUUCUUUAUUCUCUAGCUACUCAAUUUGGUUUAGACACUCUGUGGUUGC